UUGAUAACAAAAAAAUCUACAAUCAUGGGAGGUUGUCGGUGUACAUAUCGCAAUUGCAUAGUAAAAACAGAUGGAAAGACCCAUAUGUUUCAUUAUCCUGUCUUUGAUAAAGUAAGGUGUCAUCAGUGGUUAAUAAAUGCACGCCGACUAGAUUUUCUUAAUUUAAAAGUUUCUCAACUUAAGAAUCGAGUUGUAUGUCAAUACCAUUUUAAAGAUGAAUAUUUUAUGAACUUUAAGAAAGAAAAACUUACAUUUGAAGCUAUACCUACAGAGGAUGGCCCUUAUUGUGAUCCAAAUAAAUCAGUUGAUAACUCUCAAGAUUAUUCUAAACUUAAUCCCAUUGUUCUUGAAGAUAUUGAAAAUCAAUAUUACUCAACAAAUGAAAAGAAAGCAAAUUUUUCUUUGAGGUAUUUAGACUUUUUAACUAAUUCAGAAUGUGAGGAAUCUUCAUACUUAAAAUAUAAUAAUGAACCACUGGCAGUAACAAAAGUCAAUGAUUUAUCUGAGCUAAAUUUUGUUCUACGUAACAACAUGCAUGAGAAACCUCAUAUUAUUAAUCAUAAUAUUGAUAUUGAUGAAUCUGAUUUACUAAACCAUAAGUUAACAUCUAUUAAAAAUAAUAUAAAUAAGCCUCAAACCCAGCCCAUGCUUAUUGUACCACCUUAUUCAGAAAAAAGUAACAUGGUAGAAGUUGAAAUAAAACCCGAAUAUAUUACGUUCAAUCCAACUUUAUGUAGAAAUAAGAAAUCUAUAGUAGAACUAGAAAUUCCUAAGGACAAGCCAAAAGUUCAAAUAAUAUCUGAGAAAAAAUUAACCUACCCAGUUCCAGUUACAGGCAAUUUUAAAAUGAUAUCACCAUCUGUUGUAUUAAAUGCCACACAUUUGAAACAAAACAAUGUAAAAACUAUUGAAAUUGUUUCGGAAAACACACCAUCUAUGGAUAAACAAAUAAAUAAUACACAACAAGAAACCGAGCCUGUUAUACUACAACCUCAACCGAAUGUUACCCCACAAAAAUCUGAAAUAAUACCUAAAAUAAGUACACUUCAUGCAAAACCCAUCAAUACUUCGAAAGAAAGUAGCAAUGAUAGGGCCAAAAUCUCAUUAUUAAAGAACAAAAUUACUCCAGAAAGGAUAGCUGCUAUUAAAGAAAAAAGAGAGUUUAAUAAGAAAUUAAAAGAUGUCAUAGAAUCUUGUGUUAUAAAACAAGAAGGAACAGAAAAUGCUAGUGAUAAGAAAUUGUCAGACCAAAGUUGUAAGAAAAAAGUACAAACUUCUCCUGAAAGGGUAAUAUUACAAAAGGAUGAAGGCUACCUAUCUAGUCUUGAAGCUAGAAUGAUCAGAAUGGAAAACUUGUUAUUAAAUAAAAUAGAUCAAAAUUCUCAAAGAAUUAUGGAAUUAAAAAAGACACUACCAACCUCAACUAAACCAUCACAAAAGAAAAAAUCUGUAUCAACACAAACAUACAUAAAUGAAGAGGUUUAUAAAAAGUUUCUAUAUAGUGAGAUAUCAAAAUAUUUAAGUGCAGAAUCAAAUAAUAUAAUUUAUGAAGAACUGUUUAUAAAUUUUGCACAAAAUUCGAGUUCACAUCAUACUUCUAAGAAACGAAGACGUCCUUGCAAUAGAAUCGAGUCUUUAAAUAUCACAAACGGUGUGACAUUCCCUAAUGGUUCUAUAAUAUACGAUGGUGUAGAGUAUAAAAAGGAAACGUGGUACGAACUGGAGGAAGAUGGUACGACAAUUAGGCUUGGAUGCCCGUGUAUUGAAAGAGUAUGCUUGUGGAAGUGUUGUAAUGAAGGGCAAGCCUUCUUAAAUAAAUCCUGCGAGGACACUGAUGACAGUGCGGUGAAUCCAUUUAGUCCUCGUGUUUACAAAGGCCGGGAUCCGUUGAACGUGACAUCACACCGUCACUACUUCUACAUGUAUUCAAGAUUAUGCGAUGAUAGAUAUUUGUUGGAUACAAAUUCGCCCACAGAAGAAAUAUUUAUUCAAGAGAAUGCGAGUCUCUAUUAUAUAACUUCGAAUAAUCAUCUAUGGAUAGCGCCGACCAAAUAUUGCGUGGACAUGAUGACAACUAAUCUGUCAACAGACGAUACACGGCUGGUAGCAGUAGUAUGCUAUCCGGAUAAAACUCCAGACGAUGACAGUUCCGUACUUUAUAUUACUUACGCAGUUGGUCUCAUAGCGUCGAUUCCUUUCCUGUUAGCAACAUUCUUGGUGUAUGCCUUCAUCCCUGAACUAAGGAACUUGCAUGGUAUGUGCCUGAUGGCGUACUGUGGGGGUCUUAUCGUCGCUUACACAUUCUUAUCAUAUUUAAAGCUGCACACCGGAAAAGUUGGAGUAGCGAUAAUGGGUUGCUACAUUAUCGGUCAGGUAAAUUUACAGUUUAUGUUAUUAACAUGUGAACACGCGACCAAACAUCACGCAAAUCACGUUAACAACAUAGAACGAUUAGGCUACUCUAUGGUUAUCAACAUGUAA